GCCAGUCUCCUGGCUCCGUCACGGUCACUAGCAACCGCCAACUAUUCUCCUGUUGUUGUCUACUCUAUCCACCCCAAUCCAUAUAACUUCUCCCCUGUUUCCCCAAUUCUCUCCUCAAAUUCCUACCACCACCACCUCCGAAAUGGCGAUGACGCGUCUCAUUUCUCAAACCCUAAUCUACCACCCCAAAUCAUCAUCUACCCUUCCCCUCUCCCCUCGAAUCCUUGCUCAACGGCACCGUUCCGGCAAACCCCGGGUCACCGCUCAACUCAUAGAAAUCGAGUUGGAUUCUUCUUCCUCUUCAGCUUCAUCUUCUUCCUCCUCCUCUUCCUCCUCCUCGUCCUCCGCGUCAUCGCCGCCGUCGUCGGCUGAUGUGGAGACCAUCAGCGGCGGGAUCAGGAAGCUGGAGGAGGUCAUACAGAACAUAAUCGUGCGCCGGUCCGCUCCCGAUUGGCUUCCGUUUCGACCUGGGUCUUCUUACUGGGUGCCACCUUCGAAUCUCCGGAACCAUCCCUACGGCGGUGUGGUGGAGGUCAUUGGGAAGCUAUCCACUGCUGCGCGGCUCCACAGUGAGGGUCAUCUUGGUCCCAGUCUGAGCCAGGGGAAAUCUACUUCGACUACUUUUGAGUUCGUGACUGACGAUGAAACACCGGCUUUCCCGUCCUCUCGCGGUUGGCCCUCCACUUCUUAUUUCAUUGAAGAGAGUGCACCAACAUAUCCGGUGCCAAUGGAAGUGGAGAUGGAAGCAGAGGUGAAGGUUCCGGACAACUCAAAGGGUGGUUCUACAGAUGAGGAUGAGGAAGGGUAAUGACAUGUCCUACCCCAAGAGGUUUGUAAGAUAGAUGCAUGCAGGUGUUUCACCUACAAGUCACCUUUGGCGUUGCAUUUCUGGGGAAAAUAGAUUCUAGAAGAAGCUCGCACUUUGGAGUUGUUUUUUUUCCUGUUAAAAGGGGAAAGGUUAGGAAAGAUGGGCUAGCUGCUGUAACACGGUAAGUUUCCAAGGUGCUUUAGAAAAGUGUUUAGUCAUGUUUCAUUUGUAUUUCGCUGGGAUUUUCAGGUCUUCACCCUUGUACAUAUGCUAAACUUGGAAUGGCAAGAAAAAUCAGCUUUAUUGAGGAAAGGCAAGCAUGCGAAUUUGGAUGGUUGUAAAGAUGAAUCAAUGGUACUUUCGGGAUGAUGAAGUUCAUCAGAUAUUGGUCCUUUCAACUUCUUGCUUAUCCUUCUAUGUAGAGAAAAUAUUUAUGUAGAGAAAAUAUUUAUGAUCCUACUCUGUUUUGUUUAAGAUCAACUUUGAUGAUGUAAUGUGUCGCACAUUGAAUGAGCUGAUGUGAUGUUUAUUACUUUGGUUUUUCUCUGCCUUACCA